AACCCCUGAACGCACCAAAAUUAUAGCCACAGCCAGCAAAAUACAGCUGAUUAGCCUGCAAGCUACCAAAAAAUGGAGAAACGCUUUAAGCGUUAGGUUUAGGGGUUCGAACCUGAAACGGCGUGAAACGGUUACAUUCAAUGGAAGUUCCGCUGUUAGUAUGACACAUAAAAUUCCUUUUUGGACAGGACCUCGGCGCACGUCUAUUUUUAUGUCGUGGCACCUCAAGGAAUACCCGUGUGAACACAAAGAAAUCGAGAGUUCCACUUUCUGACCUCUACAGGCUUUGUGUCAAAAUGGAUGUUGACUACAGUUCUGCAGAUGGGUCAGCUCAUGCAAUUUCAAACACAUCUGUUGAUGUAGAGUCCAAGGAUGCCGAGAUCGAAUAUGAGGUGACUGCAGAUUCUCAGGUGGAGGAUUUGGAUGUGUACCACCUGAUGGAACCUCCUCCUUUAGACUGGAAGUCAGAUUCCUCCACUGAGGCGGGCUCCGCAGAAGAUCCCGAAGACUCCAGCUUCCUCACUCCUACUGGAAAUGAAGAAGAGGCCAGCUCAGGUGAUGCUGACGCAUCUCGCACUCUGGUUUCGUCAGAUUCCAACCAGGUACAUGAUGAGCUGGAAGUGGAUGAUGUUGAGGAAGAUGGCGAUACCCUUGAGGAGAAAACAUCCGCAGAUGUGGAGGAGGAGGCUGCUAAUCGAACACAGGGCGAUGAAGACCACACUUGUAUCCAAACCCUGCUCAGCCAACUACAGAUGACCGAAGAAGAGCAUAAGCCGAAUCCCGAAACACUGCCUUGCUUUGAUGGACAUCAACAAUCCGAUCUUGAGGCAUGCUCUUCAUCACCACCCUUAACAGAAGAUAGCACUGAAACCACCGGGUUGCUCUUUUCGGAAAGACACCAGAGAGACGUACUGGGACUGCUGCAGUGCACAGCCAUUAACACUCCACCUCAUUCUGGCUGCCUCCCUCACACAGGGGAAGUGGAUGCUGUUGUUUCCAUAUCCUACAACCAGGACGACGUCUCCAGGUUUUGGGGUCAUAAUGGCAAUGGUCAAGAGCAGAGACAACGGGGUGAUUCCGAUGGCUCGCUCCCUGAAGAUGAGUUACCUGAGCAGGUGUGGAUGAAACUGGGAGAAGAGGCUCCAGGGAAGGAAGCUGCUGCAGCAGAAAGUGAUGAGAACGAUCAGCCUUCAUAUAAAGACGUACCUGGUCCUUGUGACCCUGAAGAUCUUCUAGAUGGAGUCAUAUUUGGUGCCAAAUACUUGGGCUCCACCCAGAUCAAAUCAGAGAAGCACCCAUCUACUAAUGCCCGCAUGGUCCAAGCUCAAGAGGCAGUGGACCGCAUUAAGGCCCCAGAUGGCGAGUCCCAACCCAUGACAGAAGUGGAUCUUUUUAUCUCCACUCAGAGGAUCAAAGUUCUGUCUGCCGAUACGCAGGAAGCCAUGAUGGAUCACGCUUUACAGAUGAUUUCUUACAUCGCAGACAUUGGCGAGAUUGUUGUCCUGAUGGCACGCAGGAAGCGUAAAGGCCAAGAAAGCCCUGCUGCCGCUGCCUCCUCCUCCUCCAAAGCUCAGAAGUGCCUAAUGGUCUGCCACGUCUUCUCUUCUGAGGAUGCUCAGACCAUAGCUCAAGCUAUUGGCCAGGCAUUCGGCGUGGCCUACCAGCAGUUCCUUCAGGCCAAUGGCAUCAAGGCCAGUGAUCUGCAGCCUGGCGAGUACAGCGACUACUUGGAAAGUCAGGAGCUCUACAAUGGAGAUCUGGCCCACUUCUCUGACUCCCAGAACAUCAGAGAUAUUGCCAUCACCAAGGUUCCAGGAGAAAUUUUGGGGUUGGCGAUAGUGGAGUCGGGCUGGGGCUCUAUCCUGCCCACAGUAAUGGUGGCCAACCUCCUUCACGGAGGCCCUGCUGAGCGCUGUGGAGAGCUCAGCAUCGGCGAUCGCAUCAUGUCCGUCAACAGCACCAGCAUGGUGGGUCUGCCCAUCACCACCUGCCAGAACAUCAUCCGGGACUUGAAAAGCCAGAAGUAUGUUAAGCUCAGUAUUGUCCACUGUCCUCCCGUAACCAUGGCGAUUAUCAGGCGACCAGAUCCCAAGUUUCAGCUGGGUUUCAGUGUGGAAGACGGCAUUAUCUGCAGUCUAAUGCGGGGUGGUAUUGCAGAAAGAGGAGGCAUCCGCGUUGGACAUCGCAUCAUUGAAAUUAACGGGCAGAGUGUUGUUGCCACACCACACGACAAGAUUAUUCACAUUCUAUCUAAUGCUGUUGGAGAGAUUCACUUAAAGACCAUGCCGGCCUCCACAUACAGACUUUUAACAGGACAAGAACAACCAGUAUUUCUUUGACUCAAGGAACUUCUCAGUGUUUUCUAAUCCACAUAACAUUUGCCAAACCCAUAAGAUACUAUGCAACUGAUCACACACAGCAUAACCACUGUCAAGUACAUCAAUGUAGCAAAGUCACAAAAUCAAAAUCCUUGUGUGUUAAACAUACUUGGCCAAUAAAGCUGAUGCUAAUUCUGAUGGCCACAUAUUUACAAACCCUUGUGCACCCCUAGGGUCCAAAACAAGUAUUACAUAAGUUCCUCAUACGAUAUUUGAGGGUUAGUGGUCUGAUUGUAGCUGAGAUAGGCACCGGCACCCCCCCCCCCCCCCCCCCGCAACCCCAAAGGGAAUAAGCGGUAGAAAAUGGAUGGAUGGUCUGAAAUUUCUUCAGGGAGUUUUUUUAUACACAGUCGUGGUCUAAAGUUUACAUACACUUGUAAAGAACAUAAUGUCAUGGCUGUUUUGAGUUUCCAAUAAUUUCUACAACUCUUAUUUUUUUGUGAUAGAGUGAUUGGAGCACAUACUUGUUUGUCACAAAAAAAACAUUCACGAAGUUUGAUUAUUUUAUGAAUCUAUUAUGGGUCUACUAAAAAUGUGACCAAAUCUGCUGGGUCAAAAGUAUACAUACAGCAAUGUUAAUAUUUGGUUACAUGUCCACUGCAAUAAGGCGCUUUUGGUAGCCAUCCACAAGCUUCUGGCAAGCUUCUGGUUGAAUUGUUGACCACUCCUCUUGACAAAAUUGGUGCAGUUCAGCUAAAUUUGUUGGUUUUCUGACAUGGACUUGUUUCUUCGGCAUUGUCAACAUAUUGUCAAUGGGGUUUAAGUCAGGGCUUUGGGAAGGCCAUUCUAAAACCUUAAAUCUAGCCUGAUUUAGCCAUUCCUUUACCACUUUUGACGUGUGUUUGGGGUCUUUGUCCUGUUGGAAGACCCAUCCUCCGGCUGAUGAUUUUAGGUUGACCUGAAGAAUUUGGAGGUAAUCCUCCUUUUUCAUUGUCCCAUUUACUCUCUGUAAAGCACAAGUUCCAUUGGCGGCAAAACAGGUCCAGAGCAUAAUACUACCACCAACAUGCUUGACGGUGGGAUUGAUGUUCCUGGGAUUAAAGGCCUCACCUUUUCUCCUCCAAACAUUGGUGGGUAUUGUGGCCAAACAGCUCAAUUUUUGUUUCAUCUGACCACUUAACUUUCCUCCAGAAGGUCUUAUCUUUGUCCAUGUGAUCAGCAAAAAAUUUAGACAAGCCUUAAGGUGUCGCUUCUGGAGCAAGAGCUUCCUUCUUGCAUGGUAGCCUCUCAGUCCAUGGCGAUGCAAAGCACGCUUGACUGUGGACACUGACACCUGUGUUCCAGCAGCUUCCGAUUCAUUGCAGACCUGAUUUUUGGUGGUUCUUGGUUGACUCUUGAUCAACCUGACUAAUUUUCUCUCAGCAGCAGGUGAUAGCUUGCGUUUUCUUCCUGAUCUUGGCAGUGACAAAACUGUGCCAUGCACUUUAUACAUUGGAGCAAAAAAGUAUUUAGUCAGCCACCGAUUGUACGAGUUUUCCCACUUAAAAUGAUGACAGAGGUUUGUAAUUUUCAUCAUAGGUACACUUCAACUGUGAGUGACAGAAUGUGAAAAAAAAAUCCAGGAAUUCACAAUGUAGGAAUUUAUUUUUAAAUUAUGGUGGAAAAUAAGUAUUUGGUCACUUCAAACAAGGAAGAUCUUUGGCUCUCACAGACCUGUAACUUCUUCUUUAAGAAGCUCUUCUGUCCGCCACUCGUUACCUGUAUUAAUGGAACCUGUUUGAACUCGUUAUCUGUAUAAAAGACACCUGUCCACAGCCUCAAACAGUCAGACUCCAAACUCCACUAUAGCCAAGAUCAAAGAACUGUCAAAGGACACCAUGAAAAUAAUUGUAGACCCUGCACCAGACUGGGAAGAGUGAAUCUACAAUAGGCAAGCAGCUUGGUGUGAAAAAAUCAACUGUGGGAGCAAUUAUCAAAAAAUGGAAGACAUACGAGAUCACUGAUAAUCUCCCUCGAUCUGGGGCUAAACGCAAGAUCUCAUCCCGUGGGGUCAAAAUGAUCAUGAAAACGGUGAGCAAAAAUCCCAGAACCACACGAAGGAACCUGGUGAAUGACCUGCAGAGAGCUGGGACCAAAGUAUCAAAGGUUACCAUCAGUAACACACUACGCCGACAGGGAAUCAAAUCCUACAGUGCCAGAUGUGUCCCCCUGCUUAAGCCAGUGCAUGUUCAGGCCCAUCUGAAGUUUCCCAGAGAGCACAUGGAUGAUACAGCAGAGGAUUGGGAGAAUGUCAUGUGGUCAGAUGAAACCAAAAUAGAACUUUUUGGUAUAAACUCGACUCGUCGUGUUUGGAGGAAGAAGAAUACUGAGUUGCAUUCCAAGAACGCCAUACCUACUGUGAAGCAUGGGCGUGGAAACAUCAUGCUUUGGGGCUGUUUUUCUGCUAAGGGGACAGGACGACUGAUCCGUGUUAAGGAAUGAAUGAAUGGGGCCAUGUAUCGUGAGAUUUUGAGCCAACACAUCCUUCCAUCCGUGAGAGCUUUGAAGAUGAAACGGGGCUGGGUCUUCCAGCAUGACAAUGAUCCCAAACACACCGCCCGGGCAACGAAGGAGUGGCUCCGUAAGAAGCAUUUGAAAGUCCUGGAGUGGCCUAACCAGUCUCCAGACCUCAACCCCAUAGAAAAUCUGUGGAGGGAGUUGAAAGUCCGUGUUGCCCGGCAACAACCCCAAAACAUUACUGCUUCGAGAAGAUCUUCAUAGAGGAAUGGGCCAAAAUACCAGCUACUGUGUGUGCAAACCUGGUAAAGACCUAUAGUAAUCGUUUGACCUCUGUUAUUGCCAACAAAGGUUAUAUUACAAAGUAUUGAGUUGAAUUUUUGUUAUUGACAAAAUACUUAUUUUCCACCAUAAUUUACAAAUAAAUUCUUUAAAAUUCCUACAAUGUGAAUUCCUGUAUUUUUUUUCACAUCCUGUCUCUCACAGUUAAAGUGUACCUAUGAUGAAAAUUACAGACCUCUGUCAUCAUUUUAAGAGGGAGAACUUGCACAAUCGGUGGCUGACUAUAUACUUUUUUGCCCCACUGUACUUACGAAUUUUUGUCUGCACAGUUGCUCUUGGGACCUUAAGCUGCUUUGAAAAGGCUCCAAGUGACUUUCCUGACUUGUUCAAGUCAAUGAUUCGUUUUUUCAGAUCUGUGCCGAGUUCCUUUGACUUUCUCAUUGUCGCGUUUGUAACCGAGUCUAAUGACUGCAUCACAUGAGGUGUCGUCAAUCAUAAUCAGUCACUUGAAGUUAAGAGGCCAUGCCAUGAAGCUGCUUUGAUUGUAACUUUUCUACAUCACCAAAAUAGACCCAUAAUAAAUUCAUAAAAGAAACAAACUUUAUGAAUAUUUGUUUUGACCAACAAGUAUGUGCUCCAAUCACUUUAUCACAAUAGAAUAAGAGUUGUAGAAAUUAUUGGAAACUCAAGACAGCCAUUACAUUAUGUCCUUCACAAGUGUAUGUAAAGUUUUGACCAUCACUGUAUGUAUGCAAUCACAUUGUGUUUUUGACUGCAACAUUUUUUAGAAUAGGAUGUAAACAUUAAGUUUCUCUUAAGACCGCUUUAUUUUUAACAGACUGUAAUCCUGACAGAUUACUUUGCCUUUUUUUAAUGAAAACCAAAUUAAUGUGUGUUGGUGUAAUUACACUCUUUAACCACCGAAUGGUGCCAGAAAACCAUGAGUAUAAUUCUCAGAGUUUUGAUGAGCUAUUAAACCGCUGAAAUGCAAUGAAUAUAUUUGGCAGUUAUAUAUAACAUUUUUAUAACAGGGCAGAUACAUUUAGUCCUGCUUGUUUUAUCUCUUCAUUCUAGUUCAGGAGCCACUGCGAAAAUAAUCUUUUUUUUUGCUACCAUUGUCAUGAUUUUAUUUGACCUAUUCAAGGCUGUAAUUACCCAACCUCAAAUAGUCCAUUCUGCAACUUAUUUUUUAAAGUAUUUCAUAUUUUGCAUUUUACUAUUAUAAAAAACAGUUGUUUGGUGUGGUUUUUGUUGUUGUUUUUUUUCACAGAAAAAGGUCAUAAAACAGAAAUCAUUGACAUUUCAAAUCAAUAGCUGGAUCUGAAGUUGGUAAAAUAUUUCAAGUGUUGAAAGUAACAGAAAAUAUUAAUGCAUUGCUGACUUACGAUACUUUAAUGAGCGUAUUCUUUUAGAUCCUAAGAGUAAGUGUAUAUGGUCAAUCUUAAGGUUGCACAAGGGUUAAAGGUAAAUUGAUUUAUAUUGCUCAGUUUGUAACUAUUUGCUAUGUAACAAUAAUGCAAGUAGCCUAGAAGCCAUGAUGCAUAUUGUACAUGUUUUACACGUUUGUUUUUUACAUUGAUUUUCAUAAGGAGGGUUUUUUUUGUCUUCCUGCUUGUAAGCAUCUUAUGUGCCUGACCUGAAAGUGCUCACAGAGGAGAUGUAAAAGUACGGGUGUACUCAAAGUCUCUCACUUUGUCUCUUGAAUGCACGUUCAAGCGACACCAUGGUUUCAUUCAUACAAAACCUACCUGACGCUGCUUGGCGGUGGUAAAAAUGCACAUUUUAAGAUGACUGGUAUUUGACAGAGACUUAUAUUUUCAAAUUGAAUUGCAGUUGUGUGCAUUCAUUAAGCUGGUCUGUAAAUUAUCCUCCUGUUUUUUGGUAACAUACCCAUGAUAAUGUAACACAGCUCUAUACAUUUACAGAAUAAUGCUCAAUUUGGCAGACAUGGUCAUUGAUAUGUUUUAUAUAUUUCCAGUUGCAAAAGCUUGGUGGUGUACAACUGCACUUUAUGAUACUAAGAGCUUUCUAAUAUUUUGGUCAUCUUUAGUGAUAACUACAAACACAAUAAUCAUUUUUUUUAUUUAA